AUGAUCUCUCCUGUGAAUCUAUCCAUCUGCAACUUGUCCUCAAGUUUCACCUCUGUCGUCGCAUAUCCAACAAACUCAUCAUCCAGGAACGGGUACCUGACCUCUUUGGACCAACAGGAAAUGACUUUGUCGUCUCUUGACAGGUUCCGAGUGUGCAAGUUUGAAAGAUCCAACUGCAAUUCUUCUUUAAGUGAACUCAUAAGUUCGUCCCAGUCAUACUCCGUGCCGAUCCAACUUUUAUGUGCCAGAAGACGAUCUGGAGUGUUUGCAGGAAGCGUGUUGGAUCGAGGAUUGUUGAACGAGACAUUGAGCAGAUCUAUGGAUGCUCCAGGACCAAGCUCUUUAGCUGCCAAUGCUGCCAAAAGAGUACAAUCAAGUCCGCCACUAAAUAGAAGGGCUAGAUUAGAAUGUGCUGGAUGUGGUGGUGAUAUGGUGGUGACUCUUUUACGUACUGCGUGUGCGAGUUUCGAAUGCAAUGCAAUAAUGUCUAAGUCUUGA